UCUAUACAGGGAAUUUCCGGGUUCAUUCAGCAAGUUCAGUACCCUGACAUUAGACCCACAUCUUUCAAGCACAAGGUCCGUACAACACGCACGAAAAUGGCGUCGGUAACAGUCAUAUUCAUAUUUGCAGUUGGGCUUUCAGAAGUAUUCAGAUUUGAACGAGGAAUUGCAGUUACAGCGGAUUCAAGUGUUACUGUCAUUUCUGGUGGAUCAACUAAUCUCACGUGUACAUAUGAGGUGCAAGGAACUUCUGUUGUCAGUCUUGAAUGGAGAAAAGGUGCAACGUUCGCAAGCGGAACUCGAGUUGUGAGGUUUCAGACACCUAAUUUUGAUACAGUCUAUGGCCCUGUUUAUGGUCCACCUGUUUACACAGCUUACAGAGAUGGUACCAUCAGCUCAGGCAUACUCACGUUACAGAUUUCACCUGUCAUUUAUAAGCCUAAUGAGACUGAAAUAUACUGGUGUCGUGUCGUGGUAACUGGCGGAGUCAUAGUGAAAGAAAGGUCAACUACUGUGACAAUUAUAGUUCCUCCAGAUACUCCAAAUAUAAUUGGAAGUUCAUCUAUGACUGAGAAUAUUGAGACUACACUUACAUGUACAGCAGACAUGGGAUACCCCGAUGACUUGAGUCUGGUUUGGUCCAAUGGAGGUUCACCUAUCGCUGGUCCAACUACAAGUUCGUCUGCAUCGGGUAGUCACUAUAGCUUUGCCAGCACGCUGACCUUCACACCAAGACGACAGGACAAUGGCAACAACAUCACGUGUAGAGCAAGCAGAGCCCCAUGGAUCUUAGGGCCCCCUGGAACUCUGGGUCCAAUUGAUGUCCAUUUUUGCUGCAAAAUGGUGAGCAUUAGCUGUCCAUCGAGGUCUGCAUCAGGAAAUAUUGUGCAAUUGAGUUGUCAAUCAGACAGCAGCAACCCAGCAACAGUAUUAGUUUGGUCGACAAAUAACCCGGUCCAAACAAAUCCAACUGGGCCUGUACUUGAAGAUGGUAACUUCGGUGGCUAUGAGACAACCCUCAGUUUGACAACAGGUGCUUUGACUAAGCAAGACAACGGAGCUACGUACAGAUGUUGUGCAAUGACAACUAUAUCUUGUGCUGGCAUUGUGUGCGACAGUUGCGUUCUGAAUGUGGAAUAUCCUCCAGACUUUUCAGUGCCAACUGUCAUGCCAAACAGGCCGGUAGAAGAGGGCGAUACAGUAAUCCUGUUCUGCAGUGCAGACGCCAAUCCUAAGCCCAACGACUUCAUAACAUGGGAGAAGGUCGGGUCUCUAGACUUCUUACCCUCUGUCUACAGUGAUGGUGCAAGCAACCUUACACUGAGCAGCAUCAGAAAGGAGCAGGCUGGGUCGUACAGAUGUCAAGGCAACAACGGGGUACCACCUGUUGUCCAUUCCAGCACCGUUGACGUCAUCGUACACUAUGGAGUGGGGAUCUUAAAUAAGAAAGACACCUCAGUUGGAGCAAACACUGGCUUCAAUGCUACACUUGUAUGUGAAGCUAAGGGUCACCCCCUCCCCAGAAUGACAUGGCAAGGUCCAGCUGGUGUGGAAAUAACCAAUCAGACUGAGCCUGGAAGGAUAUUUCAGGCCGAUACCAUUAUUGAUGGGGAUGAUAUGUUUGGAUUCACCGUACGGAGCAUCUUACACAUCAGUCAAGUGACUGCAAUGGGAGAUUACGGUUCUUAUACAUGCAACAGCGGUAAUGGAAUUGGAAUGGUUGAUACAGUAGCCAUUGUGUUGAAUGAUAAAGUCAAACCGCUGCCACCAGAGAAUGUGCUGAUCAACCCAGGUACAGUCACAGAAUCUUCGGUGACUAUUUCCUGGAGACCUGGGAAUGAUGGAGGCGAAGCUCAGUGGUUUUUCGUCAAUUACCGCGAAGUUGAAACAACGGCAGAGUUCGACCCAAACACCCAGGCCCGAAUAGACAAUGAUGCUUAUGAGUAUGUGAUUAAAGGAUUGCGAGCUUACACUGUGUAUGAGCUUGAGGUUUACGCUGAGAAUCGACAUGGUGUUGGCAAAAGCAUCACACGGAUUUUUAGGACUCGACCUGACUCUCCUGCGAAUUUAGGUAUUGUUGUCACUGCAAAUCAAGAUACAGGAAGCGUUUUGGUUGAAGGUAUUCCCCAAGAUGGUGACACGUCAACAUGUUUACAGUUAGAAGCUCGUCUUACGGACCAGAGUUCAUGGUUUAAUUACGGUGACUGUCUCGAGACAAACACAGACCUAGCCAUUCAAGAGGUUAGAUCCAGCUACUGCCGUAAUGGGUUCUGCAGUCUGGCUACGUCUGCAAUCUCAGUUGGAGGACAGUCUAAUAAUGCUGGAUUGAUCGCUGGUCUGGUGAUUCUUGCCAUUAUUGCAUUAAUCAGCAUCACGUUGAAUGUUGUAACAAUCAGAGACAUCAGAAGAAGUAGAGGACCACCACGAGAAAACGGAAAAUGUGCUCCAAAAGGAAAGCACAUUUCACAGGGGAAACGUGCUGUUGUCCAUGAAGCAGUGGAAUACCAAGACUUAGACCCUGUACCCUUGCAUGUUCUGGCCGUUAGUGGCAGCAGGAAUCCAGGUACAUCGGCCUAUGCCAGUAUUUCGGAAACUGCCACGGCAUUCUCGCGAGACAAGCUGAGAAUUGAACGUGAACUUGGACAAGGUGCCUUUGGAAAGGUGAUGCUGGGGAAAGCUAGUGAUAUUGUCCAGUUUGGAACUACCACUCAAGUAGCACUUAAAACCCUCAGAGAUGACGCAGAUCUAAUGGAGAGGGGAGAUUUACUACGAGAGUUGGACUUCAUGAAACAACUUCCAAGCCACGCGAAUGUCGUCAAACUCCUGGGCUUUUGUGUUGAUAGAGAUCCGAUUUAUAUCAUCAUGGAGUACAUGACUAACGGCUCACUCAAAGAUCUCUUAACAAGCAGUCGAGCUAAAGGCAAGCAGGUGUACAGCAACCUUCAUGGAAGAAGUAAAUCUCUGACAUCCAGAGACCUCCUCAAAUUUGCUAAAGACGUAGCUGAGGGUAUGGCCUUCCUUGCUUUACAACAGUGCAUUCACAGAGAUCUAGCUGCACGAAAUGUCCUCGUGGGUGAGAACAUGGUGUGUAAGUUGUCUGAUUUCGGACUGGCUCGUGACAUCAAGAAUAAGAGAAUGUACCAACGGCAGUCAGAGGGACGGUUGCCCAUUCGUUGGAUGGCACUAGAAUCAGUUGUUGAUGACGUAUACACAACAGAGAGUGACGUAUGGUCUUACGGUAUAUUUCUGUGGGAAAUCGUCACACUUGGCGCUCGUCCAUAUCCUACUAUGAGCGCCAAGACAAUGAUAACCAAGCUACAGGAAGGAUACCGCAUGCCAAGACCCGACCACUGCCAGGACGAAAUAUAUCAGCUGAUGUUAGCCUGUUGGCAGGAGGAAUCUACCGCACGACCGUCUUUCACAGAGAUCAGUCAGAAGCUGGAGAAAGCACUCGAGUCACCACAUGACUGCAUAGCGUUGUCGGAUUAUCAAGAGUUUCAAUACGAAGUCACAACUCCAGACUCUCCUGAUGAAAGGAUCUAGCAGAACGCAGGAUACAAAGUAAACAUGCCAUUAAGCCACCAUUAUGAGAACAAACGUGUCUUCCACAUCAGCAGAGAAAGACACCAUUAACCGUGUGUCUCUCCGGCUUCUAAGGAAGGGAAAACAAAAGGGUGAUAUCACUGCAAUGAUAGAAAUAACGAUCUGUCACACUGACUAAAUGGCAAUGUCAAUCGAGUCAUUACUAAUUGCAGUCUGUUGUUUUCUUGUGGAUAAAUUAGGGACAGAUGGUAGACAUAAAACAUUGCCCGUUUUGUACGGGCUCUUAUCGACCUACUUCUCUACUUAUGAAGUAGUCAGUACACCGGGCCGAAGUUUGGUUUGUUUUUUUAUGUUUGUUUUCGCUUUUGUUUUUGCAAACACCUUGUCCUCAUUAACGGUAAGUGCCUCAGAAGGCGAGUAAGUAACUGACUGCUAAAAUAUUUCAGAAUUUAUCCUCACUCGAAAUAUCCUAUGUUUCCGGCAUUCUAAUAUUAAUCACAAAUGAAGUCAAUUCCUACCGUGGAAAGCACUAAAAAAUAGAGUUUAAAUUUGUGUAUCUGUACGCACACGGUAAAAUUUGGCAGAUAGCUUUCUGAAAAUAAAGGCUUGUUGUGGUAUAACAAUAAUAAAAAAUACAGUUUAAAAGUACCAGUAAAUAACUUGUUACCUUCACAAUGAAAGAUAUUUCUGGUUAAUUUCGAGGUAAGUUUUUUUUUAGUAAAGGAAAUAAGUAGUAUAAACAAAAAUAUUUUGCAAAAAUUUGCCUCAUUACAUACUGGGGACAAUGGAUUGAGUAUGUAUAUGCGCGUGUUUUCCUCUGUGCACUUAUUAUUUCUGUUUCUGUUGAGGGACAAAGACCUCUUUGAACAGAGAUUGAAAAAAAUGAUUGUAAUCAAAUUGAAGAAGCUGUAUGACUGAAAAACUAAGCUAUGGCAAUGUUCUUACUUACUGACAGUACCGUAUAUGUAUGACGGAGCAAAUUACUUCCUUUUGCAAUGUCCGACAACUAGUAAAGAAAUAUUUAGCCUCCUGACUACACAUGCAACUGUUCAGGCCUACUUGCCCACUUAUUCAGUGAUACAAAUACUUGGGAAAUAUAGGUUAUAUUUCUCACUCUUUUGAAGUUUGAGCUGCUCUGGAAUCUGCUCUGUACCUGUCUUUGUAAAUUCCAAAUAUACCUCAAUUUAUAUUUUUAUACAAUGUAGCAUUAUUGUCAUCGUAGCAGAUUAAACAAAUUGAUUAGCGAUUUAACUUUAAUAUUCUCAUUUUUUCCUUAUCACUUUUCAAUCAGAACAGUUGCCAGUUUCCACUCUUUUCUGUAUCGGCUUUUUAUCAUCAUUUCCAAAGCUUUGGAGGCAAUGUAUAUCUACUGUAUCAUAAUUCAGUUGGGGUAUAGUUAGGUAACCAAAUAUUUUAUGCAAAGAAUCAAAUGAAGGUACAAGUAAACCUCAAUGGCGACGUCAUGUCUCAUGAUGAUAGGCCAGCGGACGAGGGGAUCCCUGCUUUCAAUGAUCUAACGUAUUGUGGCGAAACAGGGUCGCCGUGCAGACUUGUGUUAAAUCUUCGUCGCUAUUAAUUUAGGCACGCGUAAAUCAUGCAUUAAACAUGCACGCAGCAACAAAUCAGAACCGCACAUUACCUCGGGUCUGGGCGCUGGCUGCGUGGAAUGUCGGGACGUCUUAAGAUGGCAGCGUAGUUACAAGAGCUCUGCGGAGUUGGGGCGUGUAUACUGAGUUUUAAGUGUUAAAUCUAACGAACGACAGCCGGUGGUUGGGGAUCUACCUCGUGUGCCUGGUGCGAUCGGUUAGUGUGGUGCUUGUUCUCAGUUGCCGGAGUUGCUAAUUAUCAUGAUCAUACCUCAUGGAAGAUUGGGUGGAUUGUUAGACAGCGCCGUGUGUUUACGAAGUGUUAGAUUAUAAGGUUGGGGAACCCAUGUGAACCAGCUUAGACUGGAGGGAUUACGUGCCGUUGUUACAUGCUUGUUGGCAUAGCGACGGUUGGUUGCAGUCCUGGGCUGGGAGCUUGUUUUCCUCGUUGAGGUUUACAGGGUGCAGGUUUCUGUUAGAGUCUGGUGAGGACAAUUAUAAUUGCCUUCUUAUUCAACUUACAUGUGUUAUUUCAUAAUAAGUUGAAGUGGGUGAGAAAUUUUCAAGUCACCUUGAACCUUGUAGCAGUUUGGGAAAUGUGUUGCUUAGUACGGCAUUGGAGAUUAUUUUUAUUUAAGUCUGCCCAAUUGUGCUUUAAAAUUACAAAGAUUAUCUCUGCGUGUUUGGUUGAGACUCUUGAGUUAUAAGCCAUCGGCAGAUUAUUUAGAUUUGAGGUUUACCUGUUGACUUCAUUGUUACCUUUUGGCUUGAGGGUUACCUUGUUAUUGAGGGUUACCUGGUUAUUGUGAGGGUUACCUGGUCAUUGACGGUUCCUGUUUUUUUUUUUUUUGUUAGGGUUAUCUGCCCAUUGAGGGUUACCUGGUCAUUGUGGGUUACCUCGUUAUUCACGGUGAAGGUUACCUUUACAUUAAAGGUUACCUGGUCAUUGCCAGGGUUACCUGGUCAUUGUGGGUUACCUCGUUAUUGUGAAGGUUACCUUUACAUUAAAGGUUACCUGGUCAUUGCCAGGGUUACCCUGGUGUAGGUUGAGGAAAAGUUUCUUAACUAAUCACGUUCGUGGUGCAGUUGAGCACGUAGAGCUACUUACCCGUGAGGAUCAUUUGUACAUAACUAAUUGCUUUUGCAUAUACAUGUUGACUGAAGCACUGACAUUGAAUAAACCAAUCAUGUAAUUGUCCUAGAAAUC